GGAGGGGGGAAGCAGCGGCCAUGGAUGAUCAGGGCUGCCCGCGGUGCAAGACCACCAAGUACCGCAACCCCUCCCUGAAGCUGAUGGUGAAUGUCUGCGGGCACACGCUAUGUGAGAGCUGCGUGGAGCUGCUGUUCGUGAGAGGGGCCGGGAACUGCCACGAGUGCGACACCCCCCUGCGGAAGAGCAACUUCAGGGUACAGCUCUUUGAGGAUCCCGCUGUCGACAAGGAAGUGGACAUUCGGAAGAAAGUGCUGAAAAUAUACAAUAAAAGAGAGGAUGACUUUCCCAGUCUAAGUGAAUAUAAUGAUUUCCUGGAAGAAAUAGAAGAAAUUGUAUUUAACUUGACCAACAAUGUGGAUUUGGAGAACACCAAAAGGAAAAUGGAGCUGUACCAGAAGGAUAACAAAGAAGUCAUUCAGAAAAAUAAGAUAAAACUGACUCGGGAACAGGAAGAGUUGGAGGAAGCUUUAGAGGUGGAGCGACAGGAAACGGAACAGAGGCGACUGCUCAUACAGAAGGAAGAACAACUACAACAGAUAAUGAAAAGGAAGAAUAAGCAGGCACUCUUGGAUGAACUGGAGAGCUCCAGUCUUCCUGCUUCGCUACUUUUAGCUCAGCAUAAGGACAGAUCUGCUCAGCCAGAAAUGCAACUGGAAAAACCCAAACCUGUCAAACCAGUCACGUUUUCCACUGGCAUCAAAAUGGGCCAGCAUAUUUCACUAGCUCCCAUUCAAAAGCUAGAGGAAGCUUUGUACGAGUAUCAGCCUCUGCAAGUGGAGACAUAUGGACCACAAGUUCCAGAGCUUGAAAUGCUGGGAAGGCUGGGGUACCUCAACCAUGUGCGAGCCGUUUCUCCGCAGGAUCUCGCUGGGGGCUACACUUCUUCUCUGGCUUGUCACCGCGCCUUACAGGAUGCUUUCAGUGGCCUUUUCUGGUACCCCAGCUAACAUCAGCCCGGGACCAAGGGACGCCCAACAGGAGGGGAGAGCAAGUCAAGCCGGCAAAGGUUGGGUAGAUUUGCUGCCAUCUGCUCCGCAGCUAAGCUCCAGUCACUUGUCUGUGUCAAAGCAGCUGUGUUUAAGUGUUAAAGGAAAAAAAAAAACACACACACACACAAAAAACCCAAAAAAAACCAAACCAAACCCAUCUGCACCAGAGUUUUGUGAAAUGGUAGAUGGGUUUCUGUGGAGGGGGAAACUCGUUAGCCAUGUGGCACUUUGCUGAGGGAGGCUGAAGCAAUAAGCCACAUCUAAUGGAAGAUGUGAAUAACUCAGCUGUAUAUGUUUGAGGUCUAAAGAAAUACACUUGUAAAUUUUUUUUAAAUAAAGCCAGACUUUUUUAUUGAAGUUUGUGGUUUUGCUCUCAUUGCAGGCUUUUAUUUGCACAAGCAUUUAAAUGCCAUUUUGAUUAUAACAUUUAGUGUCAAUAUUCAAGCCUGCAUUUUCUUCCCAUAAAACUAGUUUCCCCAGUUCACACAAGUGGGUUUUUCCUCCUGCCAGCUGGAUGAGCUGAGAAACCCUGGAACUCUGCUGACACAACUCUUAUGCAGGGUCCUUCCUGGUGUCACUUGGUUCUUACCUUUGUCUGGAAAACAAAUCUUUAGCUCAAAAUCUUUCAACUUUGCUCCUGUUGAAGCGAUCUAAGAAGCCUCGAUACAAGUCUCGGUCAUUAAAGUAGUCAAAAUUGGCUCAGUUUGGUUUUCUCUCCUGUUUAGCUCUGUUUGCAACUUCGCUGUCGCACUUUCAGGAGGUUCCUUAGGCAGGACCAUCCCUUUGUCUGGCUUUUGGGACGACCCUUUCCGUUUAAUCUGCUGCUUUUCCAUAUUCCUUCCCUUCUCCUUGUGGUGGGAGGUAGACUGAUUGCAGCAGAGAUGGGCUUCCUGGGGCAGGAUCGCUCUUUGCUGUGAGUGUCUGUAAACUGCAGGAGUCUGGAAACUGCCCGGGACAGGCAGAACCUCUGGAGGAAAGCCUGGACCACGUUUUAUGGGUCACCCGUUAACUGUUGCUGAAUACUGCUCCGAGGAGCGCGCUGAAUGGAUGUAUUUUUUCGCUGCAUUGUAAUAAAGAGAAGAAUAAGCUUUC